GAUCUGGGGCGUGCACGCGGCAUGGAGAACCGAGAGGAGAUGCUGGCCCAGGAGGCUCAGACGCGCAAGAGCACCCCGGCUUUGGCGGCCGGAAGCCCCGGCAAGCCGGAUCGCAGAGGCUGCUUGACGGAAGCGGUGAUGGAGGAGAUCGCGCGCAGGAAUUUGUGCGCGGACAUGGGGGAUAGGCAUAGGGGCGAUGGGGCCCACAAAGACGGCAGCAGCUCGGACACAGAGUCGGACUUCUACGAGGAAAUCGACGUGAGCUGCACGCCUGAAAGUAUGGACUAUAAAGGUCGAAAUGGAGAUUCGCCUGGUCUGCCAAGUGAUUCUGGUUCUGACCCGGGUAAGACCGUCCAAGGUCAGAACUCUCUGUCCUUCUCGGCGGAUCAGAUUCGCCGGUACCGCACAGCCUUCACCCGGGAGCAGAUCGCGCGGCUGGAGAAAGAAUUUUACCGAGAGAACUAUGUGUCCAGGCCGAGGAGAUGCGAGCUGGCGGCUGCGUUGAAUCUACCGGAAACUACUAUCAAGGUGUGGUUCCAAAACCGCAGGAUGAAGGACAAGCGUCAACGUCUGGCUAUGACGUGGCCUCACCCUGCGGACCCAGCCUUCUACACAUACAUGAUGAGCCACGCAGCGGCCACGGGGAACCUGCCUUACCCCUUCCCAUCCCACCUGCCGUUGCCCUACUACUCGCACCUGGGGUUGGGAGCCGGCUCCACUCCGACCGCCGCCACUCCUUUCCCCAACCCCCUGCGCCCCCUGGACAGUUUCCGCAUGCUGUCCCACCCCUACCAGAGGCCGGAACUCUUGUGCGCCUUCAGGCACCCGUCCCUGUACCAGAGUGCGGCUCACGGGCUCGGUCCCGGGGGAAGCCCGUGCACUUGCCUGGCCUGUCACUCCGCCCCAUCCGGCGGCCUGUCAUCCAGGGCCCCGUCCUCGGACUUUGCCUGCUCCCCAACGAGCAGGACUGACGCUUUUGUCACUUUUACGCCUUCCGUGUUGAGCAAAGCUUCAUCCGUGACAGUGGACCAGCGAGAGGAGGUUCCCCUCAACAGAUAAAACAAACUUUCCUAUAGCAUGGAGCCUUAGUUGGACCAGAGCACAAGAAAUUAUUGCGUCACCAA